AACAAUCGACAAUCUACGGUCCACUCCAACUACAGUGAGAUAAGCCUUUUAAUCUUUCCUAAUAUUAAUGAAUAUUGUGAAGCUAUUUAUUCUUAAGAAGCCUUUUAUAUGUUUAUGUUUACGUGCAGUGAGUUAUCAAUGGUUCAAGAAUAUUGCAUUAACAACACUAAAACAUAAUAAUGCAACCCAUUUGGUCAGUUUUACUAAUUGUUUUUAUAGUUUUUAUAAACCAUGAAGCAGCAGCAUUCAAAUUCGAACACACAUUAGGUCAUAUUAAAACAAAAACAACUUCAGGAGUACAAAAAACAGCUGUGGAAAAUCUAAUUAAAAGGACUAUACCGGAUAGAUACAGUGAGUUUACUGUGAUCAUUGAUUCUGACUUGGUUACAGAUGGUAAAGAUUUGUUUAAAUUAGUUAGUACAAACGAUGGUAAGAUUCAAAUUACUGGCACCACCGGAGUAGCAGCUGCAUCUGGAUUCAACUACUACCUGAAAUAUUUCUGCAAUGCUCAUAUAUCAUGGGAACUAUCUCAACUCAGUCUACCUAGUACUUUAACUAGUGUUAAUGUUACUAUAACAUUCAAUGACAGGUAUCGGUACUACCAAAAUGUGUGUACUACAAGCUACAGUUUUGUUUGGUGGGACUGGAGACAGUGGGAGAAACACAUUGAUUGGAUUGUACUAAAUUCGUUCAAUUUUGUACUGGCAUUUAACGGACAAGAAGCAAUAUGGAAGAGGGUUUAUCAGAAACUGAAUUUGACAAAUACGGAUAUUGACGAACAUUUUUCUGGACCAGCAUUUUUAUCUUGGUUAAGAAUGGGCAAUCUCCGUGGAUGGGGAGGACCACUCUCUGAUUCCUGGCAUGACAGAUCUUUGAACCUUCAGCACCAGAUCUUGGACAGACUUAGAGACUUUGGCGUUAUAACAAUCCUUCCUGCAUUUGCUGGACAUGUACCUAGAGCAUUCCAUGAUUUGUUUCCAGACACCAACAUGACUCUCAUGGCAAAAUGGAAUAAUUUCGCAGAUAGGUUUUGUUGUCCGUACUUUAUAGAUCCCACAGAAGAUAUUUUUCAAACUAUUGGAAAAAUGUUUAUUGAAGAACAAAUUGCAGAAUAUGGUACUGAUCACGUGUACAAUUGUGACAGUUUCAAUGAAAUGGAACCAAGCAGUACCGAUUUGACAUAUUUAUCCAACGUUGGUAAGAGUAUAUUUUCUGCUAUGAGGCAAGCUGAUCCCGAAGCAAUUUGGGUGAUGCAAGGAUGGCUUUUCGUCCAUUCUUUAUUCUUCUGGACGAGAAGCAGAGCCAAAGCCUUGUUAACUUCAGUGCCUAAAGGUCAGAUGAUCGUAUUGGAUCUUCAAUCAGAACAAUUUCCUCAGUACGAUCGAAUGGAGCAGUAUUUUGGACAGCCCUAUAUUUGGUGUAUGUUACACAAUUUUGGUGGUACGCUUGGAAUGUAUGGUUCAGCUGAUAUCAUCAAUACGGAAGUAAUAAAGACAAGAAACUCGGAAAAUUCGACAAUGAUUGGAACGGGAUUGACCAUGGAGGGUAUAAAUCAAAACUACGUUAUUUACGAUCUGAUGAGUGAGACCGCCUGGAGAUCUGAACCGGCAAAUUUAAGUGAAUGGUUUAGGGAUUAUUCCAGAAGAAGAUACGGCAGACAGGACAAUAACGUUGAAAAUGCAUGGGAAAUACUCAAGGUAACAAUUUACAAUUUUUCUGGUACUGAGAGGAUAAGAGGACACUUUGCGAUCACUAGAUCACCGAGCUUAGACAUCACAACUUGGGCUUGGUACAAGUACAAGGAUCUCUUCGAUGCAUGGGACUACUUCCUCCAAAGUGCAGACAAUUACAAAGACAGUCCCGGCUAUUUGCACGACCUGGUAGAUCUAACCAGACAAGUACUUCAAGCUAACGGAGACAUAUAUUACAAUAAAUUAAUAUUAGCCUUCCAAAACAAGAACGUUACUGAGUUUCAACAAUUAGCUACCAUUUUUAAGGAGAUUUUUGUGGAUUUAGAAAAUAUUCUUGGAACUAACGAAGCUUUCCUAUUGGGCAAAUGGAUAGACGCUGCUAAAAAGUGUGCUAAUGGCAGCCAAGAAGAAAAAUUAUUUGAAUACAAUGCCAGAAAUCAAAUAACUUUAUGGGGACCUUUUGGUGAAAUUAUGGAUUAUGCUGUUAAACAAUGGUCAGGUGUGGCGGAAGAUUAUCUGUAUCCAAGAUGGAAUGCUUACAUCGACUACAUGAACUACUCUCUAGUGCACAAUACCACGUUCCAUCAUGAGCUAACCAAGACAAUUAUUUUCCUUCUCUAUGAAGAACCGUUUUGUUUUUCGAAUAAGGAAUAUCCUACUGAACCCACAGGUGAUGCUAUAGAAAUCGCCAGAGAAAUUCAAGGGAAAUACUGGUACACCAACCAUACAGACGUUUUGAAUAAGAUCAACAUGCAAAUACCCGCAAGACCAAAGAAGUCUUCUUUAAAAUACAAAAAUAAAACUUGUAAAAAAAGUAAGGACUGUCCAGCUAAAAAUAAACUAAGUUUAAGAAGAUUUGUGUCAAAAAUGAGAGAUUUGGAUCCGUUACAUUCCUAUUUCAGUACUUGAACUAUUUGAUUGACAGAGAUUGGUUAGUUAUUUAUGUGAAUAUGAAAAUACAAAGUAUAUUAAAAAGUA